UUAUGAAUGUGUAGACAAAAUAUGAUACUUCUAACUAUAAUAAAAUAAUAACAUUUUCUUUAAUGGAAACGAGUUAUUUAACUUUGUCAUAAAAAAAAAUUCGGGCGGGAAAGCAAGUAAUAUGUUUUCAAUACAUUGAGUGUCGUGUGUUUGGAAAAUCAACGUUUCAGAACAAAAUUCUUCUGAUUUUUAUUUGCCGUCGAAGUAAAAUGUGUGUGAAAGUGUACUUAGCACAGCCACACAGAUAAAAAAUCUUUGUUUGAAAUGCAUACUAAAAAGGCGCGCAGGUAUGUUGGUGAUAAUUUGGCGGCAGCGGGCCGGUGGUAGUUGCAAGUCCCCGGUUAGUUGCUAAAAAUGUCAUCUAACCCGGCUAGGUGUGACCCGUGGGGGUUUUCGGACUCUAAAAAGUGUUAUGAAGAUUCAGGGUGCAAUAAGUCAGUGUAUUAUAUGUGGGACUGGCAGGAUGGUGUUAAAGAAGAUGAAAGUCCUCUGUCCUCUCAUUCUUCGUGCUCCGAUUCGUCGCCUAACGGAGGGAAUCUGCAAGAAGCAAAACGAGGCAGGCCAAGAGCUGAUUAUAUUUCGAACUUAAUAGUUGAAGGUUCUACGUCACAUAGUUCCAUCAAGUGUCGGUAUUGCAAACGAGUGUUUCCACGAGAGAAAUCUCUGCAAGCCCACCUUCGUACUCAUACAGGGGAGCGACCGUAUAUUUGUGACUAUCCUGGUUGCUCUAAGGCUUUCACUCAAAGUGGACAGCUUAAAACACACCAAAGGCUACAUACGGGUGAGAAGCCAUUCAUUUGCUCCAUAGAUGGGUGUGGGAUGCGUUUUACUCAUGCUAAUCGACGAUGCCCUGACCACCCACAAAGCUAUCUACGUCGCAGUGAUGAUUUUGUUUUGAGGCCGGUCACGUUAAAUCCUGAACAGUCAAAGGAAGUCAUACGUUGGCUAGAAAGGUACAAACAUGAAAGAGAAGAAAAGACACCAGCAAAAAAAAAGUGUAAGAGCAAAGGAAUUGAAAACAACAACACUCCUGAAAGUUUUGUUACCAAAUCAAAAAUUCGAAAAAUUCUUAUAAAUGAAAUUUGUAGACAAGAAAACUUGUGCAAAUCAUCAAGUUUCAGUUGGCAUCGCUCGGAGGCUCUGUCUUCUGACGUGGACUCGGAUGGUGCAGGCUUAUCAUCACCAGAGUCAUGGAAAUGCAAGCCCAGAGAGUACAAACUCGAGCAACCCAAGAAGCGAUGGCUGCGAGAAGCAAGUCGGGACCAAUCCCUGUGGGACGACAAACAACUGGCUGAACCGUUGGUGUGGUCAGACAAAGAUGAUGUUGCCAACCAAACAAGACCUACUGUGCUAAUGCUUGCCAACAAGGAAGCUGACCAACAGAUAUGCCCUUCUGCAGAAAAUGAUGAUGGUUUGAAGUGGAUGGGGGCUAUGGCGUUGAUGCAGCUAGCCAAAUCAAAAAGUGAAUAUUAUGAGUUUGACAAACCUCCGUCAAAUACCUCACAACCACAAUACACACAGCUUUAAAACAUUUGUAAUCAAUCACUUUGUUUGGUUAUAAAACUGUGUAAUUUAACCAUAGUAUUACUUGAAAAAUUUUAAUUCUUAAAAGUAAAAUGAUCUACUUACUUACCAUCUGCUUUGUUUAACAAAGUGCAACACUAUAAAAAAUCCAUGUAGGCUGUUGGUUUUUGGUUGUAAAAUGGGUAUGCAUUGCUUAUGUUACAAACUGUGAAUCCUUUAAUGUGGCAUAUGUGUUCUCAAUGUUGGCUAUCCUAAAUUGUAAAUUGCAAAUUGCUAAAUCUUUCAUAAAAAUAUAUUAUAUUUCAGAGAUGAAUAUUUUAUAUUUGUUUGAUUUGUGCAAGAUUAGAACUGAAAAAUCAUUUUAUUAUUUUAACUCACAUUUUUGUUGUAAUUAUGAUUUACUCUCAACAUGUCAUAAAAUUUUAUGUACAUUUAUUAAUUUUUCCUCAAUGAGGAUUAGCAUCCUGCUGGCCACCAUACCCAUAUUACAUCCUACCAUUUUGAGAUGAACGCCAACUAUGUAUAUUUUAUGUGUGACUGCUAAAUCUUUCAUUCAUUGAGUACUAGGUUUUUAAUACAGACAGUGUGUAAAUGAUCAGCCAUUCG